AGACCCUGUCUGAAGUCUCUCCUCAUUCGCUAGCUCUCAUCUGGUCCGGUUCAUUUUAAAUAGUAUUCUGUGGCGUUUGACGGAAGCCUACGGGCGUCGGUCCCUUGAUCGACGUCCUGCCAAUUGAAGAGGGUGUAUCACUUAAAAACUUUUCCGGAGGUUUGAAAUCUCCCCAUCUUCACUUCAUCACCAUACUCUACUCUCUUCUCGGAAAAUAUCCUUCCGUAGUGUCGACACAGAGCCGCCUUUGAGCCUCCCUUACGUCACAUGAUCCUGGCUCCGCCCUGCCAUAGCUGUCUUCUCUUGCCCAUUCGUCUACCCGGGACUUAUUAAUAUCUCGACUACGACCACUCGUUCGAUCUCUUCAACCUUCUUCCAUUUUAAAGCUUUCCCCAUGUUACAAGGGAUUAGAGCAUCGCCUCUGACGAUGCCAUCUUUUGGUCCAAAUCAUCUGUCACUCACAGGUGUCCAAAAGAUGGAGGGUUAUGGCGAUGUGGACUCCUGGAGUUGGCCCCCACAACAACCAAAUACUCCCCCACAGGGGUACUCAAACGUAUUUGAUCCCUCGCUCUAUGCCAACUUUGCAUCACAAGCGCCGCAGGCGCCGGAAAGUGUGCACCCACGUCACCAUUCCAUUGCCACUUCACACUUGUCCAAUCAGGCUGUAACAAGGUCUACGCAUUCAUCGACUCCGCCUCCACCACGACAAAGUAUUGCUGGGAAUUUGAUCAAGGCCCAGCCUGCCUUUAAGCCAACCUGGCAUGGCUUCUUGGACACGACAAAGGAUGCCAUGACUGUCGUUGAAGCUGCGCUUCAGGGACGUCUUAGUCACAUCAGCCGUCGGCCGCACGACAAGGAGCGAGCAGAAAUGCUCACCUCUGGAACGGUACUUGUGUACGAGGAGAACGCUUCAGGAAUAAAACGCUGGACGGAUGCUGUUCACUGGUCCCCUAGCCGAGUCAUGAACAACUGCCUUAUUUAUCGUCAACUUGUCCGAGCCCUCAAACCAGAGGAAAAGAAGGCAGCACUAAACCCAUCCUGUGGUGGCAAGCGAAAGCGGAAAGAAAGCACAAGCCCGUCCAUUACCAACACCGGUGAGAGCGUGAAUAAUGCUGAAGAUGAGUACGAGAACCCAUUUGAUGGCGGAAUUGCUGGCGAUAUUACUCCAACGACUGAGCCUCCAGCCAAGGUCUACGCCAACUUCGCGCAAAGCCUGACCCCAGAUCAACAGCGCCGUUUCUGCGGCUCCUUGGUGGAUAGCUACGAGUUUAAGGAAGGAGGACUGAUGAAGAAGACAAUUUCCGUAAAGUACCAAGGCACGCACCAUCAUAUCAUCUCAUAUUACAGCCUCGAGGAUGUCGUUAGUGGGAAAUUGAAACGUCCGUUCCAGGACUCAAAGCUGGCCGACAUUCAGCCCCGACCAGAACUACUCACCGGAUGGAAAGUCAGUUUGGAGGAUGAAGAGAGCAAGGACAUGCCAUUGGUGGCAAGCUACUCCCAGCAAUUACAACCCAACCAUAUUCAACACCCGGCUGUUGGUACCGCAACUCAAGGAAUCACCCAGACUCAUAGUCCGCUUGAAAUGCAAAUGCCUACAGAAUAUUGGCACGGAGGACAAGUUCAGCAGUAUUCGUCAACCCAGCAUUACGCACCACCACAGAGAACAGCCUCCCAAUAUACGCCGCAUCACCCGGGUCAGCCAUAUCCACCACAAAGCACUUCAGCGCAGCAAUUUACUCGGCAACCAGCUCCAAAUCAGCAAUAUCACUCUCAGCCACCUCCGUCUCAACAAUAUCCCGCCCAACAGGCACAUAAUCAGCAAUAUUCACCUCAGCCACCACCCUCAACUCAGCAGUACGCCCCGCAUCAACAAUCGACCCAGCAUUAUCCCCCUGAAACUCAUGGACUUCCGGUUCAGCAGAAUUACCAGCAAAACCCGACCGUCCAAUACCCCUCGUCUCAUCAUACACCAGCGACACAACAGCCUACCUAUGAGGUUCCGCAACCCCACGUAUUCGAUCUCCCCAUUCACAGUCCUCCUAGCCAAACCCCGGUCCAUAACCCAACAAAUAGCCCGAUUCAGCAACACGAUCCUCAACGUAGGGCCUCGGCCCCAGUUCCGAUACAGAGUUAUGGCCAACCCCAUGCGCAGGCUCAGUAUCAUACCCAAGCACAAUCCCAGACGUACUAUGUAGCUGAUCAAAAGUAUCCUGUGGGACCGGGUUAUGGAUUUUAAUCCUUGAAUUAUCCAAACCACCAAAUCCGUCCGAGAA